AAAUGUGAAUUUUCAGGUUUCGGGUUUGGAUUCUUAGUUGUGAUAAUUAGCAUUGCUUGUAUAUACGUUACCAUCCAGAAGAGAAGAAUUUUCAGAGUACGAGAGAGAUUCUUCCACCAAAAUGGCGGUUUGCUAUUGAAGCAACAACUUUCUUCAAACGAGGGUAGUAUGGAAUCGGCUAAAAUAUUUUCUGCAGAAGAGCUAGAGAAUGCCACCAACAAUUAUUCUGAAGACCGAAUCCUUGGCAGAGGAGGGUAUGGAACAGUUUACAAAGGGAUUUUAGACGACAAACGUAUUGUUGCAAUCAAGAAAUCAAGAAUAAUGGACCAGAACCAAAUAGAGCUAUUUAUUAAUGAGGUGGUCAUUCUUACUCAGAUUAACCACAGAAAUGUGGUCAAACUAAUGGGGUGUUGUUUGGAAACUGAAGUUCCUUUGUUAGUAUAUGAAUAUAUCUCAAAUGAUACUCUAUGUCACCAUAUCCACAACAGUGGGGGAAUGCCUUGGUUUUCUUGGGAAAAUCGGUUGAGAAUUGCCAUCGAGUCUGCCGGCGCGCUUGCAUAUCUUCAUUCUUCAGCAGGAAUGCCGAUUAUCCACAGAGAUGUUAAGUCACCAAAUAUAUUAUUGGAUGAGUAUUACACUGCUAAAAUAGCUGAUUUUGGAGCUUCAAGACUUGUCCCUAUUGAUCAAACACAAGUGACAACUCUUGUACAAGGAACCUUGGGUUAUCUUGAUCCCGAGUAUUUUCAAACAAGUCGAUUGAGAGAGAAAAGUGAUGUUUAUAGUUUUGGGGUGGUCUUGGCUGAGCUUUUGACUGGGAGGAAACCUUUGUGUAUUGAAAAGUGUGAAGAAGAGAUAAACCUAGCUACUUACUUUGUAGUGUCCGUCAAGGAAAACCGGUUGUUCCAAAUAGUUGAGCCGAGAAUUAUGAGGGAAGGGAGUUUGGAGCAAAUCAGUGCAGUUGGUGAGCUUGUUAAGAGCUGUCUGAAGUUGAAUGGAGACGAAAGACCGACUAUGAAAGAAGUGACUACAGAAUUAGAGAGACUGAGUAAGUACAAUUUAAAUUCCCACAAACAUGAAGAAAUAAUCCCUGAUCGAAGAAACAUGGGACUAAGAGGUGAGCAGCAACCUGAUCUGUAUCCAGUUUCGACAACUCCGACAACUCCAGAUAUUCAGCACUGGGAGGUACUCUGGACAGAACAAUCCGGAAAACCGGACGUUCCACACAAUCCAUAAUCCUUGUUAAACAAACGGACACAAUGUUUUUCAGGUUCAUUUGAUGUUUUUAUUUGAUAUAUUUCCUAUAAUAUUUAUUUUCUCAGUUUUUUGUGUUAGAAGAGAUAAGAAAGCUUGUCGUUAAGCAACAUGCAGACCCAACAUGGAGUUGGGAAACAAUCUAUCCUUCUUUAAAAUGAGAUACAAUAAUACUGUUCUGCUUAUUGGACUUGAAUUUUUUGGUUGUAACUUGCAAAACUCUGGUGAUUAUUACCAGUUGACAAAAUUAUGAUGUAACGUUUGUGAAAAAUUGAUUUUGAAGCUUUAUUAUUACCAAUUGUUUCGGCAAAUCCAUUGUACAUUUGGGAUUGGUGGGGUGCUAGUCUACGUCAUUCGGGUUUAAUUUGACGACCCCACUUUCCAAUAUACAAGUUCAUCUAUAUUAUUUUUACCAUCGACCAUGAAACAUGUAUGUUUUUCUAUAUUCGAAAAAAAAAGAAUUGGCUUUACAAGACGUCAUUAGAUUAUUUGUUCCGUUUGCAUAGAAUGGGGUGGAAAUGAAUGUAAUUUUUGCAAGGUAGUAGUAGGUCAAGGGGCAUUCUUGUCAACUGACAGAUGUAACUAACUCAGUUGGGGCUCUGCACAAGUGAACAUACUUCAAUAAAUCUAUGCGCAUGGUGGUAACUGAUUGUUGAGGGGUUCGUCCAUGUAUGCUCAGAUUGGAUCAUUUUCUUUGACAUUGAAAAUGAGCCUGUGUUUUCUUUUCGGCCUAACUAAUCUUAUCUAAUGACCACAAUUAUCGGAUGGUCAUAUAAUCAACUAUCUAACAACUUCUAUACAUACAUUAUAAGUUUAAGAUUAGUUUGAAAGUUAAGAAGUUACCGAGGCAAACUGAUGUAGGUUGCUCCUGGUGCAAAGUUGCCAACCCAUCA